AAUAAUCUAUUUUCUACAAAAAAUUGGAAACGCACUUCUAAACUCACUCUACUCUCUCUCUCUCUCUCUCUUUCUAUUCAACGCCGCCGUUUUGGAACUCUUCAUUUCGCUGUUUCGGUUGCCGAAUAGGGGCAAUUAAUUCACGCGGAAAUACACGAUUUUGCCACCAAUUUUUUCUUCUGCGGAUCAAAUUGGGGACUACAACAAAUCGGAUCUCAGCAGGAAAUUUAUUUUGAGAAUAAAGAACCAGAGUAUAGUGUAGUCCUUCUCAAUACUGCUCUGAGUUAGUUUGAUGGCGGAGAAAGCAUGCAUCAAGCGCCUUCAGAAGGAGUAUAGAGCCCUUUGUAAAGAGCCAGUUUCCCAUAUUGUGGCUCGUCCUUCACCAAGUGAUAUUCUUGAGUGGCAUUACGUUUUGGAAGGAAGCGAGGGAACACCUUUUUCAGGUGGAUAUUACUAUGGAAAAAUCAAGUUUCCUCCAGAAUAUCCAUAUAAACCUCCAGGAAUCAGCAUGACAACACCUAAUGGGCGGUUCAUGACACAGAAAAAGAUCUGUUUAUCUAUGAGUGAUUUUCAUCCUGAAAGUUGGAAUCCAAUGUGGUCUGUAUCAAGCAUACUUACUGGGCUUCUUUCAUUCAUGAUGGACACUAGUCCAACCACAGGAAGUGUAAACACCACUACUGUUGAGAAGCAGCGUCUAGCAAAAUCUUCCCUUGCUUUCAAUUGUAAGAAUGCAACAUUCAGGAAAAUGUUCCCCGAGUAUGUGGAGAAAUACAACCAGCAACAGCUUUCUGAGCAAGUUGCUACUGAGCAGCGAGAGACUCGCCAUGAUAAAAGUUCAAGGUCUGUUUCUGAAAAGAAUUCAGACUCCACAGGAGAAGACAUGAAAAAGGUAGAAGGAUUGAAGGAUGUGAGGAGAAACAAAAAACAACCUUUUCCUACAUGGGUGAUGCUAUUACUCUUCUCCAUUUUUGGGGUUGUUAUGGCAUUACCUCUACUCCAGCUGUGAAUCUUUAUGGAUAUAAGGGUCCAUAAAGGGUUUUCCUGGAGCUGGUUCUUUAUGUUCUACUUAGGUUUUCUCAUGUCUAACAAGAUUUGUAUAGGAAAUAUUAGACAUGGAGGCUGUGUUAAAAAUCUGAUUUUACUCCUUUGUGUCUAUGUUGUGCCAGUUUCUUGGUAUUGAUACUUGUUAUGUCAUGCUCCUCUUGAAAUGUUUGAGGCUUGUCUUUCUUCUAGUGUUGCUUGGUAAACACACUGCUUGGUUAUGGAUUGCAUUCACAUAAUAUAAUGGAUAAAUUAUAUCUAAUUCAGAGAGCUUAAAAAAGAUGUCUGCGGCUGUGAUUGAGGUUGCAGCAAUUGUAUUUGAA